AUAGUGCAGGAGUGUUCGGCUCUGACGCUCCAGGACUCCACGCUCAGACCGGCGGUGAGUUCACUGGACUUUCCCACCUUCCUGACAGGUGUGUCCUCCCCCACCGUAUGUGGGGUGGGCGGGGCUCCAGGGGGCGUUGUGGGCUCUCCGGGACCCAAACGCAGCGGCUCAGGGACAGGAAACACUCUGAAGCGUUGGUUGACGAGUCCUGUUCGGAGGCUGAGUCAAGGUAAAGCUGAUGGACAGAAGAAACUGCCAAUCAGAGCCAGGAGGCGGGACAACAGGCCAGAGCUAACCACACCCCUCACUGUUAAUGCCCAGGCGAAAGUGAGGAAGGAGGAGGCAGGGCAAAGUGGAGGGGAGGAGGAGCCAGAAGAAGAAAGCCACACCCCACUGCCUCCACCCAUGCAGAUCAUCAAAGACCCAAACAAUCCAGAGGUACAGGCUUUGGAUUCAGAUCAAGGAUCAAAUGAAUCUGACACUGAGCAGAGAAACAAAGCUCUGAGAGGACGCAUGUUUGUGGUGAAUGAAAUGGUCCAAUCAGAGAAGGACUACGUUAAAGACCUGGCUGUGAUCGUAGAGGGCUUCAUGUCCAGGUUGGAGGUCAGAGGAAUUCCUGAAGACAUGAGAGGAAAAGACAAAAUCGUGUUUGGAAACAUUCAGCAGAUUUAUGACUGGCACCGAGAUUUCUUCCUGGUGGAGUUGGAGCGCUGCGUUCAGAAUCACGAUCUGCUCACCGACCUCUUCAUCAGACACGAGCGGCGGCUGCACAUGUACGUGAUUUACUGUCAGAACAAACCCAAGUCAGAGUUCAUCGUCAUCGAGUACGAGACUUUCUUUGAGGUAAAACACUCAUCAAUCAAUCAAUCAAUCAAACCAUCCAUCGAUCCACAUUUAACCUUUAACUGUCUUUUAGCUAGCCUUUAACUGUCUUUUAGCUAACAUUUAACCUUU